AUGCCGACGACAGGGACGGAGAAACAGCAACCGGAUAAAGUAGUUGAGAAAAACCCGAAAAGUAGGCAAAGCCACUCUUCAGAACGCGAGACGAAGAAGCGCGUGGCGAGUUGUGGGCAAAAGGCGCGGAGCUUGCGGCGUCUGCUGGAACACCGAACGGAUUUUCCAGAAGAUGUGCAAGCUCGGAUGCUUGCGGAUGCGGAGGCCUUGGAGCAACGGCACCGGCAGAGGGUGAAGGAGUUGAAGCGACAGAAGUUCAUUCGGGCCAAGAAGGCUUUGUAUUCUAAGCUCAAGUUUUAUGAGUUGAAAAAAGUGCAACGCCGAUUGCAGCAGACGCGAAAGGAGCUACUUGCGUUAAUGUCAGAGCAACAGGAAGACCAGAGUUCUGCAUCUGCUGCUGCUGAAGAUCCCUCAGUUUCUUCUGCUGCAGCAGAUGGUGAGGCCCUGGGGGGACGCAUAGCGGAUGCACAGCGGAGGUUGCGGCUUCAUUUGGACGACUUAAACUAUAUACGUGUGAUAAACAGCAGGAAAGGCAACGAAGCAGAUGACGAUGAGGAGGGGGGGGGAGAUGACAUGUUUGUGGAUGCACCGGAAGCGGAGGAGGCUGCUGCUGGCGCAGAUCCGUUCGAGGGAGCCCAGGCCCUCUCUGACGAGGAAUCAGGACCUGGAGGAGGUAAAGCGGUACAAAGACAUGGAGGUAACAAAUUCCACACUAAGCGCACGAACCGGCCUCGCGACAUCAGACAUGCUGGAGGAGCGGCUGUUGCAGCGCGGGGUAAGAAGGGGGCAACGUGCGAGAGUGAGGGCCAAAAUCCUAGAUGCAACAGCGAUUGGAACAGGAAUCAUUCUUCUGGACGCAUAUCGUUUCCCCCAAACAGAACUGGCAAACAACAUAGCGAACAUAGGGAUAAGGGGCGCAGCAACAAGACCCAACGCCAGACACCGGAGCAAAUGAAGCAGAAGAAACAAAGUGAUUCGUCAGCAGUUACCAAGGACACCAAAAACUGGCCAACGCGAAUCGGGUUGUCUAAACAGAAGGCAACAAACCAGCACGUCAUCUUCACUUCAGACGAGGAAUAG